CAACUCAGCCUUGUUCGAAAGUCAAAAGUAUCGUCUGCUUCACUGAAAAAAACGAAAAGAAAUAAGAAACACGUGUGUACGCAGCAUCAUACGAAAUCAAUCUAAAUGUCUAAUAACGAUUCGAGACAGCAAAAUCUGAGUAGGCUGAAGUACGAGGGAUGUAAUUUUUUCCGUCAAAGACUAGUGUUGGCUACCCUAUCGUGCAGACCUGUUUCAAUUGUAAACAUUCGAUCAAAGGAAAAUGACCCUGGCCUAAGAGAAUUUGAAGCAAGCUUUAUUCGACUUCUCGACAAAAUUACAAAUGGCUCCAAAAUUGAAGUGAAUGAAACAGGCACUGCUGUUCAUUAUGAGCCAGGACUAUUGUAUGGUGGGACAAUUGAGCAUGAUUGUUCAACUCAACGUUCCAUCAGUUAUUAUUUAGAACCUCUAUUACCCCUUGGUCCCUUCUGCAAAAUACCUUUAAAUCUGACUCUUAGAGGAGUAACAAAUGAUCAAACUGAUCCAUCAAUUGACAUUAUUAGAUGCUCUUCUAUGCCUGUAUUGAAAAGAUUUCUUCUAGUUGAUGAUGGUUUACUGUUAAAGAUUUCAAAAAGGGGGGCACCUCCUAAAGGGGGUGGAGAAGUAAUUUUUACUUGUCCUUUAAGAAAGCAAUUGCGAGCACUGCAGUAUGUAGAUCCUGGAAAAAUUAAAAAAAUUCGUGGCGUAUCUUAUGCUUUACGGACUUCCCCGACAAUGACAAAUCGCAUGAUCGAAGCAGCCAAAGGGAUACUUCUGAAAUACAUUCCUGAUGUGUUUAUUCUUACUGAUCAUAGAAAAGGAGCAGCUAGUGGUCUGUCACCUGGUUUCGGCAUAACACUCACCGCAGAAACCAUAAAUGGGACAUUUUUGUCUGCCGAAGCAACGUCCAAUCCACAAGGCGACAAGCAGCUUCCAUCGGUAGCCGAAGAGCUAGGUGAGCGAGCUGCUAUUCUGCUUCUAGAAGAAAUUUAUCGGGGCGGGUGUGUAGAUUCGUCGAACCAACACCUAGUUCUGUUGCUAAUGGCCCUCGGACCUAAGGAUGUAUCUAGGGUUCUUCUGGGGCCGCUGUCGCCUUACACGAUUCAAUUUCUAAGGCACAUGAGAGAUUUUUUUGGAACUGUUUUUAAAAUGGAGACAGAUGCAAGGAAUGAGGAAGAUGAUUUAAGGGUUGGAACUGAGAAAGUAUUGAUGACAUGUGUGGGAACUGCAAAGGAAAGACGUAGCUUGACACCAUCUCUUAGCUUUUCUCCACAACAUUCUCUUACUUUUGGGAGCAACAACAGCUCAUACCCAUCCAGUGACUCUUUUCUGAAACCAAGACAGUCAGAUUUUUCAAGAACAUUUGUUCCUCCAUCUAAUCCUGUCAUAAACAGAUUUGUUGAGGAGCAGGAACCUUAUGAUACAGGAUCUGAUUCCGAAAACGAUAGUGUGCCUGCUAGAAAGACGCCUAAAAAAAGCUGGUUCCCGUCUUGGUUUGGUAAAAAAACUGAUCAAAAUUCGACUAUUCCUGUGAAGACUUCUGUUUUCUAUGCCAAUAUGAAAAGAAAACUAAAUAUCGUUAGGCAGUGGCAGUUCGUCGUUGUCUUUUUACCAUUACUUGCGGCCUUGUUCUUUCUACUCUUGGCCGCAGUUUACAUCAAGGCAUCUUAUAACGAAACAACACCUACCCAGGGGGAUACUGCAAUGGAUCAGGCAAUCCAGAACGUUAGAAAUUUAAUCGAAAAAGAAACCAUCACACAUCUUUGUGGUGGUGACGAUGCUAUGGCGGUGGAUUCUUCAUUUUUAAUGGAACAGCUGGAUAUGAAUCAGACGAUGAUCAACAAAGUUCUAGAGGCUGUCACAGCUAAUCCUCAUUGGGAUGUUCAUGUAACCGGAGAGUCGUGGAGUACUCCGAUCGUCCGGCUUCCUAUUUGGUGCUCGAUAAAAACUUACCUAUGGAAUAUCGCGGUUGCGUUUUUCAUCAUAAUAUUCAGUUUUGGCGUGGUUUUAUUGAUCCACCAAUUGGUUGCUGCCAACUGCCGACAGCGUGAGAAAGAAGAGCAGGAAGUUUAUUCAAUGGUGGAAAUGAUCAUAGAUUUGUUGGCUCGUCAUCAGGCAAGCAUGGUAGUCGAACGACGACCACAUGACGCUUUUCUAGCAGUUACACACGUCCGAGAUGUCCUCAUUCCCCUAAAGGAGCGGAAAUCGAAGAUGAAAUUGUGGAAUAAGGCAGUACAGUUUCUUGAGGACAACGAGUCACGAGUCCGACCAGAAAUCCAGCAAAUUGAAGGCGAAGAUUUUCGUGUUUGGCGUUGGCUCCCACCGAGUACAACAUUUUCGCCAAAAAAAUCUACAAUCCAUGAGGAUCAAACUGAUGAUGCCUCAGCGGGCAGCAGUUUUGGGCCUACGAAUAGCGUAGCACCGCGCCCAAAAGUGUGGCAAGGUCAGGCGUUUAGCACCGAUAGCUCUGGGGUGAAUUCGCCACCUCCCUACCCGUUAACCCAGUGCCUCAAAGUGCGCAACAUGUUCGACGCUGAAGUAGAGGUUGGAGAUUCUUGGCCGGUGCGUAUUCAGGACGCAAUCCUGGAAAAAGCAGAUAAGGGCAAAAUUAUGCAUAUGGCCGUCGAUCGUGGUUCGCGGGAAGGCUGCGUCUAUAUUAAGUGCGCAAGUGCUGAAGAUGCCGGGAAAGUAUAUCACUCGCUUCAUGGGUGGUGGUUUGACGGCAAUUUGGUGACUGUUAAGUACCUAAGACCCGAACGGUACCAGUAUCGCUUCCCGGAUUCUGCCAAAGCUACGUUCCCGCUGCAGCCAUCGAAUGACAAGCGAUUAUCUCUGCAGACCAAGUUCUGGAAAUCUCCCCUCGAGCAUUUUUAAAUUAAUGAAACAAAAUCCCCAAAGCUUAAUACUGUAUACCCUAAAUAAAUUAACACGACACGCUGAUACAAUGUGGAGGUUUCUUCGGACGGAAGAGGGAACUGAAGUGUCAUGCAUCGUAGUGAUUUGCAAAUUGUUUCCUUAAAAAUUCACUGUUUCAAUAAGAAGCUGAAAUCGCUAUUCGUGGGUUUUACAUUUUUUUGCUUGUUUAAUUUGAAUGGCACAAUACAAAAUACACUACUCAGCUCUUA